GUCCUCAAGUAUUCUUGAGACUGGAGCUUAGGCUGCUUGUAUCCACUCAGUGGAAGUGCGAGAAGGAUGUGCGCACUUCUGAGGGGGCUCAUGCAAACUGUGUCACUGGUCCGGGCCAAGGUAGUUCUGCAGGAACAUAGAUCCAAUAUCAGCAGCAAGCCGGCCAAAGACAAGAUCGGACCCGGGCAAACUCUGUUUGCAAUGGCGAUGUUUGCGAUCAGUCUACUGGUCCCAGCAGGCUGGAUCAUGCAUCACAUCCCAGAAUACCGCAAGAGACCAUGCCCACCCUCAGAUGGUGCCCCAAGAAACAGUAUCAUGUGACUUCAUAUUGUCAUCCCUCCUCUUAUCAGACACUGCUGUUGAAGAAUCUUCUGCCAAGUAAUGAUGUAUCUCAUAUGACAAAAAAUAUUAAGCAAGCUAGCAGAGCAAUGUUCAAAUGAUCAAUAUGACCCAAAAACUGAGAGAUAUUCUUGCAAUAUAUAUUUUGACAUUUCAUCAGUCUUCUUUCUCCUCAGAUGCACAAUAGAACCUCCGCAACAAUAGAAGCGCAAUAAUGAUAUUGAUAAUGGUAUUAUCAGUAAUGAUAUUGAUAAUGGCAGUGAUAUUGUGGCUCAGCAGGCGGUGCAUUUUGAAUACAUGGAUUCAUGUUAUCAGAGAUUCCAUUCACAUUGAUAUGUCUGCAGAAUGCUAACCCAUCCAGAUCAAUAAAGACAUUU